AAUAUAGAGAAGCAGCAGCUCUGCGUCUCCCUCUGGCGGCAGAUAUUGUGUAUUUCAGUAAACGUGGAGCACAACAAGGUGGACUACGCCAAGUAACGGGAUUUUAUUUAAAUUUACACCUCUUCUUUCAAAACGACCAGGACUUAUGUGAACACUGCCAGAUGUCUGGACGACAGUUCACUACAUUCAGAAGUUCGAUGGUGGUUCGCGGUGAAAAGUGACGAUGUGUCGCCGUGAGUGAAAUAAAACCGAGUGAGACUGAGAGGCUAACUUGUGGCUGUGGACACUGAGGCAAAGUGAAGUCGCUUCACAUGCGCCGACACUUUUGUUUUUACCCGACAAAGCAUAACGGGAAAAUAACUUCCUUCCUGCUGCUUCACCAACUCAAAGUGCAGGUUUGACCGCAGGUUUUCUGCGAGCAAAAAAGGUAGUUACCAGGGUAAUAGAUGCUCGCUUCCUGUUUCCUCUUAGAAGAAGAAGAAGAAAAAGAAAGAAAAAGCUUGCGAGCUUCAUUUGAUGUACUCUAACUCAUGAAGUGCCAUGUUCACUCAUCCCCAUGUCAAAGAUGACACGAGAAAUGAUUUCUCCGAAGGCUUUACGAGAGUGGUGCCGUGUCACAUGCGCUCAUUACCCCAAAGUGGAAAUAAAAAACAUGUCAACCUCAUUCAGAGAUGGACUCGCCUUUUGUGCCAUCAUCCACAGGCACAGACCUGACUUAAUAGAUUUCAGCUCCCUCUCCAAAGACAAUGUUUUUCAAAAUAACAAGCUGGCAUUUGAGGUUGCAGAGACGAGGCUGGGCAUCCCUGCUCUGCUGGACCCAAACGACAUGGCUUCCUCCAUGGUGCCUGAUUGUUUGAGCGUCAUCACCUACCUUUCCCAGUACUAUUGUUUCUUCAACAGGAAGUGUUAUGCAGGUCUUGCCAGUUCGAGGUCAUCACAUGUCACCAUCUUAAACAGUCUCACAAAGAGUUCGACCAAUCUCGAAACCAGCAGAGAGGAUCGUUUAUCCAACACGAGGCCAAAAACAGUGUGUCGUUUGUGUUUCAAGCCUGUCCACCUCAUACAGCGACAUUGGAUCGACGGAAAGGUCUACCAUCGCAGCUGUUUCAGGUGCAAAGUGUGCCGCAGCACUCUUUUACCCGAGUCGUACACACAGGGGAGUGAAGCUGGCUCCUUGAUCUGCACUCAUCAUAGUAAAAGUUCUCAUCGCGUCUUCAAUCAGCAAAUUGGAUCCGCUGACAGUCAGCCCAAACGUGCGUCUCAAGCUGGUCAUUUUUCUCUGGAUGGAUUAGCGAUCACCACCGUCCCUCAUUACGCGACGAAAACAGAGUCACAAGACAGACUGGUUGGUAAAACAGCAGAGACGGAGGGGAGAGACUGUCAGGGGAGGAGCAGAGAGGUGAAACACGGACUGCAGAGCAUAGUAAGGAAACCAGCACGUUCUCAUCUCACCCCACCUAGUGUUAAAGACAGAGCCAUCGAAGAAACUGGAAAAGCUGGACCUGCAGCUAAUUUUACAGAAAGCAAGACGGAGCAGGAAACAGCAAAGACUCAAGUCUCCUCACCUUGUGCACAAGUGACAGAAGGAAGUAAUCGACCGGUUCCAGCACCCAGGCGAAUGUUGGGCUCCUCUGUAGUUCCUGUUCCUGCUCCCAGGACCAAAACUUCCCAGGAAACCAACAGCUCCCCUGCUGCAGGCACUUCAUCUCAAAGCUCACCUCACAUCACCAGCCCCAAGGUGAAAACCAACCAUCCAUGGCUGGCCAUCGUCCAUCCUGGACCCUGGACACAACUGCCUCCGGCUCCAGCUCCAGUACCCACUCCACGAUCCAAAUCUGUCUCUAACCUGCACAGGUCAUGGUACAGACCCAAAGUGGCUGCGCCCAAUCCAUUUGGAGAGGAUGUCGAUGAGGUCCCUCAGGAUGAGAGCGCUAAACCUGAGCCUGCACACCGAACCACAGCGGCAGGGAAUGAAGGCAAUCUGAGUGGAGUUACUAACACAGUUGACGCUUCGAGUGAACCAGCUGGAGAUGCGAACAAAAUUGGUGUAUCAGACCUGGAGGUAACUGGAGACACAGGAGGUUCACUCCCAGAUGUGACUGAAGCAGCAGCAGCAGCAGCAGCAGCAGGGCCAUGUGCCACUUCAGAUGGAGCAUCGAGGCAUAUAUUACCCAGGAGUCUCUCUGUGCCAGCUAUCACAUCGGCCCCCAGUCAAGGUUCCCCUGUGCCUACUGACAUGACCGAGGCAGGUGACCAGGUGACCUCAUGUCAAACUAAGCUGGCCUGCAAAGAGAACCCUUUUGAUCGAAAGCCUGCAAUGCCCAAGUCAAAGACUUUUCAGGCCCUCCCAUCUAGACGGGCCACUGCUCCUGGACAUGGCUUCCCACUCAUCAAAAGGAAGGUGCAGACAGACCAGAAUGUUUCUACAGAAAACCUGCAGGUGGAGAUGAGAGAACUGAACAAACAUCUGGAAGCGAUGGAGCAACGAGGAGUCGAACUGGAGAGGAAUCUGAGAGACUGCAAGAAUGAUAAAGAAGAAGAACAAAUGCUAAUGGAGUGGUUCUCUCUUAUACAUGAGAAACAGGUUCUGGUGCGCAGAGAUACGGAGCUAGUUUUUCUGACGAAGCAGCAGAAGUUAGAGGAGAGACAGGCAGAUGUAGAGUACGAGCUCAGAUGUCUCUUAAAUAAACCAGAGAGCGACUGGAGUCAAAAGGAUCGAGAUCAGGAGCAGCAGCAUAUGGACGAGCUGGUCGCCGUCAUUGAACAGAGGAACCAGAUCAUCAGCAGCUUGGAUCAGGACAGGCAGAGGGAAAGAGAAGAAGAUAUGCUUUUGGAAGCCAUGAUGAAGAACAAAGAGUUACAGAAAGAAGAACUGAAAGAGCUCAAGAAGUCAAAAGGAAAGUUCAAGCCCACCAAAGUUUUUAAGAUGCUGAAUCAUAAAGCGGAGAGCACCAAAGACUCCAUGGACAAGAAGAGCUGAAAUACUGUCACGACUGCAGAAAAUCUCAAGGACAACAAACUCGCUUAUCAUACUAUCAGUCAGUUUCUUCAUUUUGAUGAAGAGCUGCUCAGUAGCAUAAACCAAAUGAUUAAAUGAUUAAGUCUUUUUUUAAAUGCAAAUAGUUCGGUCUUACCAUUACAUUUUGUCUUCAUGUUUAAUUGCUUGCCCUGUUUCCCAACCUAUAUUUAUGUUUUUUAAUGUUAUUACAUACUUGCAUUAAUUGAGGUAUAAAUAAAUAUUUAUUUUGCCAAG